CUCACGCCAAGAUCCCAAAGGAAAGACGCUGAAGUGCGGGAGGGGAAAAGUUGAGAAACAGAGGGCAAAACCAAAACAAAGAAGAGAAAGAGAAGAGAAAAGAAAAGAAAAGAAAAGAAAAGUCCCUAUUCACUUUCUCUUUCUCCUCCUACUAAUAUACUACUACUGCUACUACUACUACACCUUUCCCUUCCCUGCAAUUUUAAUCCCCCACCCCACAAAAUUCUUUCGCCAUUUCACACACUUCCUCUCUGUAAUUUCACCUUUCACUACUAAUUCAAUCCAAUGCCUGCUUCUUCUUCAGAUGGUCGAGGUAGAUGGAAGCGGCGGAAGCGAGAGCGAAGAUUGAAGCACCAGGUGGAAGAAAAGGAUGUGGUUCCGGAGGAAGACGAUGAAGAAGAGAACAACGAUGACCUUGACAACUCCGGGGACGAUGCCGCCGGUGUCGCCACGGAUCCAUCCUUACCGGGCUCCAGCGAGAGUGAGGUCCUGGCCGGCGGUGGAUUUCGCAUCUCAGAGUUCCCUCCCGUGGUGAAGAGAACCGUGAACCGUCCUCACGGUUCUGUAAUGGCGAUCGUGGCAUCUGAACGGGCGGGUUUGAUUGGGGAUAGUAAGGGGCAUCAGCAGGUUGAGCUGGCGGUUUUGGAGAAUGUUUCGCACGGGCAGAUACAGUCGGUUUCUAUGGAAGCUCCCGUUGUUGAUCCGGAGAAGUAUGUGAUCACCCCUCCUCCUAUAAUGGAGGGUCGUGGUGUUGUUAAGAGGUUUGGGAGUAGGGUUCAUGUCCUGCCAAUGCAUUCAGAGUGGUUUUCACCAGCCACAGUGCAUCGUCUAGAAAGACAAGUUGUGCCACUUUUCUUCUCUGGGAAAUCACCUGAACACACGCCAGAAAGAUAUAUUGAAUGUAGAAACCAAAUAGUUGUCAAAUACAUGGAUAAUCCUGGGAAGAGAAUUACAGUUUCUGAUUGUCAGGGGUUGGUAAAUGGUAUCAAUAAUGAGGAUUUAACUCGGAUUUUUCGGUUUCUUGAUCACUGGGGAAUCAUCAAUUAUUGUGCAGCUGCACCAAGUCAUGAGCCAUGGAAAGUUGGAUCCUACUUAAGGGAGGAAUCAAAUGGUGAGGUUCAUGUGCCAUCAGCUGCUUUAAAGUCUAUUGAUAGUUUGAUCAAAUUUGACAAGCCAAAAUGUAGGCUUAAGGCAGCGGAUGUUUAUUCCCCAUUGUCAUGUAAUGAUAAUGAUGUCUCUGACUUGGACAACAGAAUACGAGAGCGCUUAUCUGAAAACUAUUGUAGUUCUUGUUCUCAGCCUAUUCCCACCUCAUAUUAUCAGUCUCAAAAGGAGGUUGAUACGCUACUUUGUUCUGAUUGCUUCCAUGAUGGGAGAUUUUUUUCUGGUCAUUCAAGCAUAGAUUUUGUUAGGGUAGAGUCAAAAGAUUAUGGUGACCUAGAUGGAGAAAGUUGGAGUGAUCAGGAAACGCUAAUGCUGCUUGAGGCAUUGGAAAUUUACAAUGAGAACUGGAAUGAAAUAGCUGAGCAUGUUGGUACUAAGUCAAAAGCACAAUGCAUACUUCAUUUUUUACGUCUACCCAUGGAGGAGGGUCUAUUGGAAGAUAUGGAAGUCCCAAGCAUGCCCAAAUCAAUGAUUGUUUCAAAUGGAGAUGGCCGUGGAAUAUUGCACUCAAAUAUGAAUGGGAGUCUAACAGGGCCCAACCUUCAAGAUGCAGAUUCCGAAAGCAGGCUUCCUUUUGCGAAUUCUGGGAAUCCAGUAAUGGCUAUGGUUGCUUUUCUGGCCUCUGCUGUUGGACCCAGAGUUGCUGCAGCUUGUGCCCAUGCAUCAUUGGCAGCUUUGUCUGAAGGUGAAAACUCAGCAACAAAUGGAUCUGUUGGUCAAAAUGAGGCGGAGGUUCAUCCACUACCUCCAGAAAAAACUAAAGCUGCUGCCAAAGCUGGUCUUGCUGCAGCAGCUAUGAAGGCGAAACUAUUUGCAGAUCAUGAGGAACGAGAAAUUCAAAGACUGUCAGCUAAUAUCAUAAACCAUCAGUUGAAGAGAAUGGAGCUGAAGCUGAAGCAGUUUGCAGAAGUAGAAACCUUACUCAUGAAAGAAUGUGACCAAGUGGAGAAAACAAGGCAAAGGUUUGCUGCAGAGAGGGCCCGCAUUGUAUCAACUAGAUUCAGUCCUGUUGGUGUCACAUCACAAAUGAGUCUUCCUGGUGUUGCUUCUUCCAUGGCUAACAAUAACAUCAGCAACAACAGGCAACAGGUAAUUUCAACUUCGCCUUCACACCCACAACCAAGUGUUUCUGGAUAUGGCGGCAACCAGCCAGUAAAUCCCCAUGUGCCAUUCAUGCAACGUCAACCAAUGUUUCCGAUGGGCCCAAGGUUGCCCCUUACAGCCAUGCAGGCAUCCACUUCAGGGUCUCCAAAUGUCAUGUUCAACUCCCCGGGGAAUACACAACCCACUAUUAACCAUCCAUUAAUGAGGUCAGCAUCCGGGACUAGCUCUGGUUAAGGUUGAAAUGGAAGAUGGGAGUGUAAAUUUGGAUUUCUAGGGUUGAUUUCCAUUGGCAUUGUUGCUGGGUUUCCGCACUUAGAAGAGAACAGGUAGCAUGGGUAAACAGUGGAAGCCUCAUGCAGCUUCUUGUAUGCAUAGAAGUUACCUGAACUAAUGUUUAGGGCUUGUGUAACAUCAUACGAGUUAAGGUAGCAUUCGGAUUUUAAUUAUGAAUUCCUUGAGAUUAAUUACUGCAAA